UGGCUACACUGGAGGAAAGCACACCCAGGUCUCACAUUAAAGAAGCCAAGCUGUCUUCUUCAAAGAGAAAAGGCAACAUCCUGUCACAGACCAUGCUCUGGCAAAAACCUCCUGUUCCAGAUCAAUCCCCAGCCCCACCUCGGCCAUAUCAAGGUGUUCGCGUGAAGGAGCCUGUGAAGGAGCUGCUGAGGAGGAAACGUGGGCAUACCAGCAGCGGGGCAGCAGUCACACCUACUGCGGUGGUGCUACCCCAUCAGCCCCUGGCAACUUACACCACAGUGGGUCCUUCCUGCCUUGACAUGGAAGUCUCUGCUUCCACAGUGACUGAGGAAGGGGCUCUGUGUGCUGGCUGGCUCUCCCAGCCUGCCCCAGCCACCCUCCAGCCUUUGACCCCAUGGACACCCUAUACUGAGUAUGUGUCCCAUGAAGCUGUCAGCUGUCCCUACUCAGCUGACAUGUAUGUGCAACCCAUGUGCCCCAGCUACACAGUUGUGGGACCCUCCUCGGUGCUGACCUAUGCCUCCCAGCCACUCAUCACCAACGUCACGACGAGAAGUGCCGCUACACCCACAGUGGGGUCCCAGCUGGAGAGCCCAGAGCACCAGGCACCCCUCACUUAUUUCCCAUGGCCUCAGCCUCUUUCCACGCUGCCCACCUCCACCCUGCAGUACCAGCCUCCGGCCCCGGCCUUGCCUGGGCCCCAGUUUGUCCAGCUCCCCUUCUCCAUCCAGGAGCCAGUCCUCCAGGACAUGGAAGACCCCAGGAGAGCCAUCAAUUCAUUGACCAUCGACAAGCUGCUUUUGGAGGAAGAGGAUAGUGAUGCCUAUCCACUCAACCACACUCUCUCUGUGGAAGGCUUUUAGGUCUGGGUCCCACCUGGAGUCCUGCUCCCUGAAACAGGGAUUU